CUCAGCCACCACUGCUUCUGCUUCUCCCAUCGCCCAUCUCCCAUCUCCCGUCCCCAUCCCACGCCAUGGCAACGUUCGACCGCCGCCGCAUCCCCGCCCCCGAAGACUCCAAGCCGCCCGUCUUCGCGACGACGCCCGCCGGGCCCUCCCGCACCCGCGCGCCCGACGAGCUGCGGCCACUGUUCAUCAAGACCGGGCUUGUGACGCAGGCCAACGGGAGCGCAUAUGUCGAGGCUGACGGGGUGAAGAUUGCCUGCUCUGCAUUUGGACCCCGCCCUCGCCCACCACCUUUCACAAGCACCGGUACGCUGAAUGUCGAAGUCAAGUUUGCGCCGUUUGCCAGCCGUGUGCGCCGCGCGCCGCUGCGGGACACCGAGCCCGUCUCACACGCCGCCGUGCUCACCAACCUCCUCCUUCCGGCCGUGCACCUACACCUCCUCCCAAAAAUGAGCGUUGACGUGCACGUCUACGUGCUCGAGGGUGACAGUGAUGCAUCCGUGCUGGCGGCGGGGUUGAGCGCGGCAUGUGCUGCACUCGCCGACGCUGGGAUUCCGCUCAGCGGCCUCGCCGUCGGAAGUACAGUCGCCCUCCGAGGAUCCACUGCCCUGCUCGACCCCUCUGGGCCCGAGUGCGCGGGCGCCGACGCUACCCUCACCCUCGGCGCAAUGCCUGCGCUUGGCCGCGCAACGAGCCUGCACAUGACGGGCGAGGCUGACCUGGAAGCCGUGUGUGAAAUGGUCGAGGCAGCCCUCGCCGGCGCGGCGACCGCACACACCGCCGUCGCCCAGGCCCUCAUGGAAGCCGCCGCAUAGAUCCAGACUCUGUAUAUUCAUGCAUGUAGAUGACAAC